AUGGUGCGUCAACCGAAGAAGCUGACGGACUGUCCGGAAAAUCUCCGGGAGUCCAUCGACUGGUUGAUCCAGGUUAAGCAUGGGAAUGGUAAUGAUGGUCUCCAAAAGUUGGCCGAUGCUUUGAAAAAGCUGAUUGGUGAUGCCAUUAAAAAGGCUGAUGAGAGUCUUAAAGAUAGGAAAGCACAACUUGAAUGCGCUCAAGAUCCUACUUAUCCUCAUUGUAUGGAGCUUAAAGACAAAAUUGCUAAAGCCAAUGGUGAUGAAAAAUAUAGGUUACAAUCCAAGUAUAAUGGCCAUUAUUCCGAAGUACAUGGCUCUGAGUCUAAAAGAAAAGAGGCUUUAGAGGAUAUUACUGAGCGGCAGAAAAAUCUUGAUGGACUCAAAACAAAGCUUAAUAUAUUUACCGACGAAAAUCAUGCUAAUGAAGUUGAAAAGCUUUUAACAAAUCUCACUGACGGUUUAGAAAAGUUUCUGGGUUUCAACUCAGAAUCCAAAGGCUACACCGGCGAUGGCAUCGUGUACUCGGACCUUGACAGGCUCUGCGACGGGGUGAUGGCGUUCUUGCACGGGGUGCUUAGUGGAGUGAGGGAUGAUGAUGCUGAGGUUCCUUAA